UGAGUGUUGGUAGUGUGGGGUGUAUUUGGGAAGGCAUUCUGAAAAUACUCAAUGACUCGCUUGAAAGUAGCAAUUGCAUGCCUCUGAAACCACGGCGGGGAACAUCGGAAGCGCGUUCUUCCUCGGGAAAGCUUCAGUUUGACGUAGAAAAGGGAAAUAGUGGUAGAAAAUCUUGACUAUGCUCUCUUACCGUUUGUUUUGGAAUCUCGGCGCAUGCGCACAAGUGGUCGGUGUCUGAAAGCUAAAUGUAAGGGAAACUAAAGAAAAUUUUAAGGAUGGUGAAUUUUUUUUUUUUUUUUUUUUGAGUGGGUGAAGAAACUGAAUAAAUAGUGUAAUGACAACAAAAUUAGUUGGCCAGAGAGAAGAAAAGGUCAUAUACAAGAAUCAAAUUAGUUUAACUAGAACAUGAAGGCAAUGGAUCAGGCUGCGCCAAUGAUAACAGUACCUGCCGGUGUGCUGAAGGAAUUCAUGUCUCCUGCCAAUUCCCGAACACCAACACCACCUGCAACGGCUUCUGUAACAACUUCAGCAGUAAGCAAGUCGUCCACACCAACACCAGCAGCUUCCUCAAAUUCUCGAACUCCAUCGCCCGCACUCCCAUCCUCCAGCGAAACCCCCUCCGCGUCUUUGCACGCCGAGAAGGUGUCGGUGGAUUCUCCAGCUCGAGUGUCUUUAACAAACGGGGAUAUAAAUAGUGAUUCGUCAACUCAGGAUGUUGAUCUACGGAUGGAAUCUGAUACCUCAGACGCAUCAUUGACAGAAAGUAGUAGAGCGGUAGAUGAAAAGACUAGUGUAGAAGGUGCAAGUGAAGGAAUUGUUAACGGAACUGGAGUCAAAAGACCAAGUGAUGAAGAUAAUGAGUUAAAGAAACCAGAUUUAAAGAAAAUCAGAGUGUUUGCACCAGCAGAAGAAGACGGCUUUAAAAAGGGAGAUAUUAGUAUAGCGGUUCAAGAAUUCAACCAGCAUCUGGACAAAGCAUCAAAAAAACUAGAAGAGGCAGGAAAGACUGACUUGGAUAAUAUUAAAGCAGAUUCUUUUAAUAGUGCAAACUCCUUUUUUAAUGACGAUAAAACGAAUCAUACUGUACAGCCUCCGGCAAAUAAUGUUAGAAGUUACGAUGUUGAAGUAAUAUCCUCACCUAGCAAAGACAUAGAGGUGCUGCCUGUAUUGCCAAAUGACAAAGACAAGGAAACAUUAACACCAGUCUCUGUGGAGAAAGCACCGGCACAAGACAGGGAAAGUAAACAUAUAAAGAAGAAACUACAAAGGCUUUCAAGAAAAGAUCUUGAGAAUAUGAUAAUGAGACUUUUCAGUGAGAAGAUCUUACACCAGACUGAAUUAGGAAAACUGAAGCAGCUUUGCGAAAGAUCUGAAUCGACUUUAGAAACAAACCGCAAGAAGACAGCACAGUUUCACAAAGAGGUUGAGGAUCUUCGGAAAGUGACCAACCGAUUGUCAGCUGAACACGCAGCGAGAAAAGGCCAAUAUGUCGCCCCAAUCAGAAUCAAAAGAUCGGUUGGAAUACAAGCCUCUCCUCACAUUAUUAAUAAGGGUAUAUUACAUGCUAAUGGAAGUGCGGGUGUGAUUAAGACUAUUGCCCCAAGAGCCUCUGCCCUGGUUGGAGUGGGUAAUGCAUCAAGUCCAAUUAGACCAACCACUGUACAAAGCACUGAUACUCGAAAACAAAGUAUCCCUCCUCCAAAUGUCACAUUUAAUACGCAGAUGAUUCCAACUUCCAGCAGUACUAAUAAUGUAGUCUCUGGUGGACCCGUUGGCCUUCUGGCAUCUUCUCAGGGUGUUAGUAACAUUGCAACAAAUUCUUCUCUCUCUACUGUAACAAACCCUGUUGCGAGCAUCGGCACAGUUCGCCCCAGUGCAGCAGGUCAGAUGCUGAUGGUUGCGCAGCCGGGCAUGAUGCAAACGAUUCCAAGGGCAAGUGGAGCAGGUGUUGUGAGUAAGACAACAUCAGCCGUAAUCCCUGUGGCCCAAAGAAGAGUUGUUCAUACCUCAUUAGUAGGAAACAGAGUGGCAGCACCACGUCCUGCCGGUCUUGGGCCAACCCCUGGAACACUCGUAAAAGUACCUGUAACUGGUGCAACUCAACUUGUAGCAAUACCUCAAGCUGGUCAAGUUGUUCUUCUGCCACCUGUCUCAGGCGGCCAACCAACUACAGCACUGGUAGUCAGUAAUGUG